AUGUCGAAGAAGCCUGACCAAUAUUCAGAUGAACAAGAAGGAGGAAAUGACGGCCGCCAGAUUAUGCUCAAUCCAGUCCCAUCCAGCGAUCCCAAUGAACCGUUGCGUGGGUUACUUCUAUGGGUCAUGGAUGGCACUGAUCUAAUAGUGGUCGAUAGGCUUUCGAUCCAGGCAAUCUUUUGGCAAUUGAUGGUGGUGGAUCUCAAUGUGACAUAUACACAACUGAAUCGUGCCAUGUCAGUGAACUUCGUUGGUCUUGCCGUGGGUUGCGUAUUCUUCAUUCCCCUAGCGAAGAAGUUCGGACGAAGGCCCGUGUAUCUCGUUUCGACUGCCCUCAUGUUGGCGACUUCCUUUUGGACGUCGAGGUUGCAAUCUCUUGCGGAAUUGUAUGCUACAAAUCUGCUUCAGGGGUUAGCUGGAGCUACCAAUGAGUCGAUUGUCCAGAUUACGAUUUCUGACCUCUUCUUCGUGCACCAUCGCGGGGGGAUGAAUGGUUUGUAUAUGACUAUGGUUAUGAUCGGUAGCUUUCUCACCCCCAUGGCAGCCGGGACUCAAGCAACAAACCAAGGCUGGCGGGCAUCAUACCAAGCACUUGGUAUCACUAACGCGGUUCUAUUCGUCCUAUUCUUGUUUUUCUACGAGGAAACCAAAUAUACUCCAAUCAUUCCCGGGGUCGACGAAUCCCCAGAGGCUACAAUAGACAGCAUCAAGGCCGAUCACAAACGCGAUAUUGAGUGUUCUGCCAGUAGAGCCGAAACAAGCCCGAUACCAGCAGACCACCACGAGCUAGAUUAUAGGAUUCCGAUGAGAACAUGGAGACAGCGAUUUGCCUUGAUAACAUACACCCCCGAGUCCAUUUGGCCCUACUUCUAUCGUCCCUUCUACGUUGUGGCCUCCUUUCCUGCCGUCCUCUUCUGUGCCUUGCAGUAUGCCUUUGGCGUGGUCUGGCUGACUAUCCUAUCCUCCACCCUGAGCUUAGUAUUCCCAUUGCCGCCCUACCUAUUCACUUCGGAGCAGAUUGGGUUCAUGAGUGUUGGCCCAUUCAUUGGGAAUUUGAUCGGAUCGGUCUAUGGUGGGUUCCUCGGUGAUUGGUCGAUCUUGUUCUUUUCCAAGCGCAACAAGGGAUACUAUGAACCUGAGAUGCGAUUGUAUAUUCUUCACUUGCCGGCACUGGCAAUGGCUGGGGGUCUGAUAAUGUUUGGGGCCACAAUUGCACGGGGCAUGCACUGGAUCUAUCCCAGUAUCGGUGGUGCUUUGUUUGGCUUCGGACUGGGCAGUAUUAGCGAUGCAGCACUGACGUUGGUUAUCGACUCAUAUCGUGAUAUCACUGGGGACGCCUUCACAGGAGUCGCCUUCAUGCGAAAUGCCAUCAGUAUCGGCAUUCCCUUUGCAAUAAGUCCGUGGCUAUCCCGAUCCGGCGCGCAGAACAUGUUCAUUGCAUGUGGAUUCAUCAGCUUGGCAAUCACUUUGACUAUUGUUCCUAUGGUAAUUUGGGGCAAGCGGAUGAGGAGGGCAACUGCAGAGAGGUAUCGGGUUAUGGCUGGGAAGUAA